AUGUCCUUAAUCAAAACCUGGCUUCAGUGUGAUCCUGAAAUGGAGGACCAAGCACUACGCAAGAAACACGCAGAGCGUGUCAAUGUCUGGAGGCUUCUUCUUGCCAACAACAGAAAUGAAAUCUACCUUCCAGGUGUAUUUAGAUACAAGUCUACAAAAUCUCUGUGGGACACCCUCUGCCCAAUCAAGAAAACAAGGCCAGAGGACACAUUUGAAAUCAUUGAUCUGAAUGAUAUCAUCCCUGAGAUUUCCAUUGACCUUUGUAAAGAUGUAGGUGAGGUUACACCAGGGAUUGCUUGUGAAGAUGUGGGGCUAGCAUUUAUCAAGACGAUUCCUUCCAAGCGUUUAACUGAAAACAAACUAGAUAUGGGUAAAAGCGUCCGAGUGAGAUUGCAUCGGAAUUCCAGGAAGUAUUUGGUAACUGCGGUCGGGCUGACAUGUUUUGUGUAUCUUGGAGUUUACAAUAUUAUCACAGAAAAGACAUAUCACAACUUUUGUCAAAUGAAUCAAUGUGACGAUAAUAUCAUAAAAUUCUCUCAGGUUAAUUUUGUUAAUAAAAGUACAAAGAAAAUCUUAUUAUGGACGACAUAUUUCACGGCAGAUUGGGUUUAUCUAGGUAACAUGAAGUAUAGUAAAUACGAUUGUUCGGUGACAUCAGACAAAAGUGAAAUCGAAUCAGCUGACGCAGUGUUAUUUCAUUAUCUUGAUCUUUGGCUAUGGAAAAAAGUGCCCGGAUAUAGAAGACUUGACCAAGUUUGGAUAAUGUACAAUAUGGAGGCCCCUCCUCAUCAGCAUUAUACAGGAAGAUCAUGGUCAAAUUCCAUUAACUGGACAUUGACCUAUAGAAGUGAUUCAACGGUCCAUUUACCCUACGGUGAAUUUAUGCCAUUGAUCAAAGCUGAAAGAGAUGUUGCGUUCAGGAAGUAUAGUAACAAGGAUUUCUUUGUCAGUAAGACCAAGAUGAUUGUGGCUGCUAUCAGUGAUUGCCCUGAUGACGCCAAAAGAUAUCGACACAUUAGCGAACUGGAAAAGUAUGUAAACAUAGAUUUCUAUGGAAAAUGUGGAAAUUUAGCGUGUUCGACGGACGGAAGGGGUGAGUGUGAUUCCAAAACGUAUAAAUUUCGAAUCGCUUUUGAAAAUGCUAAUUGCCAAGAUUAUGUGACAGAAAAAUUUUGGAGGAGUUUAUAUCAACAGACGAUUCCAAUUGUAAAUUGGAAAGUAAAUCAAAUAAUUGAAGCCCCGCCACAUUCUUACAUCAAUAUAUACGACUUUGACAGUAUCAAAGAAUUGAGUGAAUACCUGUAUUUGUUGAGUUCAAGCCCAACUUUAUAUAACGAAUAUUUUGCGUGGAAGACAAAGUAUAAACCAACAAGAUCUACAAUGUAUAGACUUUGUGACGCCCUCCACACGCCAAGACAGGCACAGACGAUCAUAGACCCUAGGAAAUGGAUGCGGACGGAUUCCUGUAGUAGAUGGUCGGUAGGUAUAUGA